CAUUUGUCAUAGUGACUGGCAUGGUUUGUUUUUAUUAAAAAAGAAUGUAUUUUAAAAAAGAAUAAAUUAAUUAAUUUUAGUAAAAUAAGAGGCCCGUACAGAAGUACCUGUAAAGUGACUGCAGCAUAAAGUACCCUGGACUAAAAGACUACAGCUAAAGCUAGCCUCACAGGUCUUAUAAAAAUGAUCGACGAGAGUAUAAAUAUUUCUGCUAAAACUUGGACACGAGAAGUGGAAAGCGUUAACAAGGUUGGCUAUUCCGAUGGUGUUGUUGAUGGACAAAACGCAUCAUUCCAAAGUAGUUUUGAUUCUGGUUACAGUCAAGGACUCACAUUUGGUCUAGAUGUGGGAUACAAGUUGGCCAUAGAACAAAAAUCAAAGAGCCUGGGUGAUAAAGAAAAACUUAAAUAUCCAGUUAACAUGAAUUGCCAAAUUUGCUUGGACAAAUCACAAAUUUCAGAAAAUGUUAUAAGGAUAAAUAAUUUACAAGUAAUGAAAAAUGAAGAAAACCUGAAAGAAAAUAAUAGUCAGUGAUCGUUAUGAAGAAUCAUAAUUUCCUUAUCCCACUUAAGUAGGGUCUUAUAUUCAUAAGAAGUGUUGGUAAUUUAGGUGGUCUAAGUGAAUAAUAACUGGAUAUGGUAGGGGAGCCCUCUAUAUCAAGUAGUUAUGUAAAAUAUGCAUUUUUGGAUAUAAAACACAAACAUACAACCAAACAUGAAAACUAAAAAUGUUUAAAGAAAAAAUACAUUUAAUUUUUAAUUUAUUAUUAAACUAAAGACUUAUUAUGUAAAAUAUUCCAUAUUAA